AUGGUGAGUUCUCCGCUUGGAAUGAGGAAAGGUGCAUGGACUAAAGAGGAAGAUAAUCUCCUCAGGAAAUGCAUUGGCAAGUAUGGAGAAGGGAAGUGGAAUCUAGUUCCUCUAAGAGCAGGGUUGAAUAGAUGUAGGAAGAGUUGUAGAAUGAGGUGGCUAAACUAUCUGACGCCAAAUAUCAAAAGAGGGGACUUUACACGGGAUGAAGAUGAUCUCAUUAUAAGGCUUCAUAAGCUGUUAGGCAACAGAUGGUCGCUGAUUGCUGGUCGAAUUCCCGGAAGAACAGCAAACGACGUGAAAAACCAUUGGAAUACUCAUCUACAGAAGAAGCUAGUUGCUCAAAAAGAGGACACGGACAAAUCCCAGAAAACUACAAAAAGUACCAUCUUAAAGCCUCGACCCCUUGCGUUCUCAAAAACUAUGGCUUGCUCAAUAGAAAGCUCUGCUUUUGAACAAAACAUUAGGAGAAAUGAAAACUCAUCAUCACCAAAAGUAAUAGAAGGUAGCAUCAAAUGGUGGAAUAACUUGCUUGACACUAAAGAAAAUGGUGAUCAAGGAACCACACUUUCCAAUGGAUUAUCUCUUGGAUUUCUAGAAGGAGGCUGGGAAGAUUUCUGUCAUGACAAAAACAUUUGGGAAAUUCUUGAAUUCUGA